GAUGGGAGUUGUAGUCAAAGAAGGUUCCUUACUUCCUGUUUGGGCGAGGGAGAGCGAGAAGAAAUUUCGAAAAGCUGAAAAGUUGUUUUCGUGCUGAACGACUAAACCUCCAAGUGAGAGAAGUCAAACAAAGCAAGGAUGUCUUUGACGGAGCGUGUUGGUGCCCGACCAGUGACGGAAGUGGCCUGGACCUCCAACACCAGCACUUGCCCUAAAAACUUCACUCAAAUCAGCAUCACAGAAGAUGGGGCUACUGCUAACUUCACACGGAGUUUUGCAAUGAAGUCUGGGUAUUACCUCUGUUACAGCAAGGACUUGUCAGGAGGGACGGUUGUGUCAGACAUACAGGUCAUAUCAGAAAAAGAUUCCAUUCCUCAUGGAUUCUCCUAUAUUUCAGAGUACCUUGAAUCCAGGGCAACGGUUUCAAAAAAGAAACGAGUGUGUGUACGUCUCGUCCCAGUGGGCAGUGUGGACACAGCUGUGGUGGAUGUCAAAGUGACACUCAAAAGCAAAAUGAUGCUGCAGCACUACACAUGUGUGGGGGACAUCCAUGGUUAUGUGUUGUGGUGCAAAAAGGGUCGAUUUUCUGGCCCUGUACCCCAAGCCAAACCUCGUAAUGUCAGCCUGGACCUCAAUAAUUUCUCUUUGGACCUGCCGCCUGCUCCUCUGCCACUCAGACCCAGCAACACUCCUCCCCUGCCACCUGGAAGAAUAAGUCGCAGACGCGGUGUUCUCAAUCCCACAAAUAACACGAACAAACUUGCUGAUGGCUCUGGAAUCACAGCUCUAGAUGGAGUUCCUUUUGCUCUUCACCCAAAGUUUGAUAUCCAGACAAAUGACACAUCUUCUCAGGUGAACACUCUAAACAACAUUCAUAUAAAGUCUGUCCAAGAUAUUGAAAAUGAGUAUGGCUACACUUUUGCUGUCGAAGAAUUUACUGCCAAGAGGACCAGACCAUCUGUGCAAACAGAAGGUACCACAACAUCUCAGUGACCUUUGCCUCAGCACCAGUACCAGACUUAAGCUCUCUCUGAAGGGGAUAUUUUGGAAAGAAUUUUGAGUGGCGGCACAAUUUGAGGACAUUGAUAUACAGAGAAUUGACUGCAUAUACGGAUAUUUGCAAGGAUUUUAUUUUUGUAUUCACUGGAUAUUAGAGAUGAACACAAUUAAUGAAUGAGAGCUUGUUAUACAGCCUGAAAGCUUUAAUUUGAAGGUAAGAAUUACACCACGUAUUAUCUGUGGUCUCAUAUUUUUGGGACCAAAGGAAAUUGGACAGUUUGAUGCCACAUUGUUAAAGUCAAGGUGUGUGUUCUUCCCUCAGCGUUAUGCCCUGCUGUCACAGAGCGAAGAAGUGAGGUGGUGGAUUGAAUUCCGUUGAUAAAUCAGUCUGUCGAUCCAGAAUUGUAUAUAACAAAAUAUAACGUAAACAACUGAAAUGUAUUGAAUGAAAUUUGCUAGUUUCUUAGUUGUGCACUGUAAGUUGAGUGUUGUCAUGGGUGUCUUGGUGGGUCCAUUCACUAGUCUUUCAUGUACGGUCCUCAGGUCGCUGGGUAGAUUUACUGUACUGUGCCAUAUGCUUUCAGUUUAUUCCCUGCGAUUAGCAGGGCAAGUACAGGAUUAACAGUGUCAUUGGGUCCCCAAAAUAUCCAUAUAUAACUCUGUAAUAACUGUUCAGGUCUGAGGUUUUGGGUUAUGAUCAGUACAGGUGAGGAUCACUGAACAUUGUAUUUUGGGCCAUGUUGGCAUCUUUUACCAACUACAGUGAGAAUAACAUCAAAUAAAGACAUUGGCCUAUCAAUAUCCAUGUGAAGCUUUGUUACUAAUUUCGGGGUCCCGGUGGCCACUAAGGCCAGUGUUGCUGGUUAAUUAUUUUAAUCAUGUUUCGACAGAUAUGUACCACUUGAAAUCAACCACAGACUGUUUGUCUGUUGACAUAUUAAUGAAAUUUUUAAAUAAAUGACACAGCUGGCCAUACAGCAAAUCAGGAAGUAAUUAUGAAGUUAAAUUUGGCCCCUUAAUGGAAACCACAAUGGAGUCAUUCUUAUACUGUACACCCAAUUUCGACACAGUCAACCAACAUGUCAGUCUGCACUACGAGCUCAUAUUCAUUGUUUUCUUCAUCUUUAAUAUGGUUCUAUGCACAGCUAAAAUUAAAACAAUUUGUCAAUCAUAAAAUGUAUAUGGUCCUAAUUCUAUGUAUAUGUAACAUAUAGUAUGAAACUUUAAUGGCUUUCAGUUGAAAACAGGAUGUAUAAUAAUCUGUGUACAUCCAGCAGUCCUGUUUAAGAACUUCUUUUCUACCUAUGAUGGCAAUCAUUUAUUUCACGCAUUUAGAUAAUGUGUUACAUUCACAAGCUGGAUGUCUACUUUGUAGAAACGCCAUUGAAUUCCUCCGUUCUGUACUUGAAAUCUGAAUGUUCAAGGUGCCCAGUUGUCUGUUUCCCCAAAAAAUGCAGUUUUGUAUAGGGUCAUGUUUUGUAUCUGAACAUAUUGUCUUACCUGUUAGUUUGUUAUAUAUGUAAUGUUGAUGAGGAGAUGUGGUAAUAUAUAUAACGUUUUGAAACAUUCAUGCGGAUGGAUGUAAAGCAUCUGCUGUUUAGGGAUUACUUAUCUGCAGCAUUAACAUUAUUUUAAAGUAUUUGCUUCAUACAUGCAUUCUUUUUUAAGUCAUGAAUGCCCACCAGCCCAGUGAAAUGAUGAGCUUCGUGCACUGUUAAAUGAUGCCUCUUCUGCAUAGAAUGAAAACACCUGGCUGGAGGAGUCACUCAGUUGUUAGCAUGCUGAUCUUAUGUGUGGAAGAUUUAUUUCACAUGGGGAGGUGUAAGGCAGUGAGAAAAGAACUGGCUGGCUGACCUCAUGAUGCCAUGGUCUAAGACUGUCACCCUAACGAGCACAUCUCUGAAGCUCAGGAAUCACUAGGGGACUUGGCUAACGUUUCUGAUGCCUGAAAUGUUGAGGAAUAUCACUGACCCUUGCACAGUUUUAAUUAUGUUAAUAAUUUAUCUUUAUUUAUUAAUGCUGAGUCAGUUUUGGUAGAUAAAUAUGCUGCAGAUGAUGUGCUGAAUCCAGAGGGUUAACUAGAAUAAAUUGUGGUGCAUUGUGUGUUUCUUGAAGUAAAGGAAGCACUAUAUCAGCUUUACUUAAAAAUAUUUAUAGAUUUUAAGGUGAAUGGUAAAACUUGUUUAAGGUAUAGCUCUGUAUUUAUCAUGUUCUCAUCCAAAUGUGUGUGUGUGUGUGGGGGGGGGGGAGAAAAAAAAAUCUUGAUUAGAAAAAGCAGUCAUUUGUAAUUCAUCUCACUGUACUUUAUCUUUUCAAUCCUGAUUUGUUUUAAAGGUUUGUUCAGAGAUUUACUGCAUGUAAAAUAAAAACCAAGUGGAAUACA